GGAUUUCUGUGCAAGAGUGAACUGGUCUUGGUUUCCUAAAGAUGUCUUUCACUUGAAGAGUGCAGCCCUUCCCGUUGGUGAACUAAGACAACUCUCCACAUUGCCUGGCAGUCAGUCCUCUCUCUUAACGAUGGUUGUCCCUAUGCUGUUGCUUCACAUGGGCUGGGAUCCUCUGCCCUUGUGUUGAAUUGUGACUUUCGAAUGUGCAGGUUGUGUUAAGUACAAGGCGAAUCUCUAUGGGUAACGUCUGUGUUGGAGAAGCCAUUUGUCAACCAUGGUAAAACUUGCAAACCCACUUUACACAGAGUGGAUUCUUGAAGCGGUGCAGAAAAUCAAGAAGCAGAAGCAGCGGCCCUCAGAAGAGAGAAUCUGCCAUGCAGUCAGCACAUCCCAUGGGUUGGAUAAGAAAACAGUCUCGGAACAGCUGGAACUUAGUGUUCAGGAUGGCUCCGUUCUCAAAGUCACCAACAAAGGCCUUGCUUCAUAUAAGGACCCAGACAAUCCUGGGCGUUUUUCAUCGGUUAAACCGGGCACUUUCCCCAAGCCAACCAAGGGGUCCAAAGGACCGCCGUGUAAUGAUCUACGCAAUGUGGAUUGGAAUAAACUUUUAAAGAGAGCCAUCGAAGGCCUUGAGGAGCCAAAUGGCUCCUCCUUGAAGAACAUCGAGAAGUAUCUGAGAAGCCAGAGUGAUCUUACAGGCACCACCAACCAUCCAGCCUUUCAGCAGAGGUUGCGGCUAGGGGCCAAGCGUGCUGUGAACAAUGGGAGGUUACUGAAAGAAGGACCACAGUACAGGGUCAAUAGUGGGAGCUCAGAUGGCAAAGGUGCGCCCCAGUACCCCAGUGCUUUUCCGUCCUCACUCCCGCCCGUCAGCCUUCUACCCCAUGAGAAAGACCAGCCCCGUGCCGAUCCCAUUCCAAUAUGUAGCUUCUGUUUGGGGACGAAAGAGUCAAAUCGUGAAAAGAAACCAGAAGAGCUCCUGUCUUGUGCAGACUGUGGCAGUAGUGGACACCCAUCCUGUCUGAAGUUUUGUCCUGAGUUAACCGCAAAUGUGAAGGCCUUGAGGUGGCAGUGCAUCGAGUGCAAGACGUGCAGCGCAUGUCGAGUCCAGGGCAAAAAUGCAGAUAAUAUGCUUUUUUGUGAUUCCUGUGAUAGAGGAUUCCAUAUGGAGUGCUGUGACCCACCACUUUCCAGAAUGCCAAAAGGGAUGUGGAUUUGCCAAGUCUGCAGACCAAAGAAAAAGGGAAGAAAACUACUUCAUGAGAAAGCUGCACAAAUAAAACGGCGAUAUGCAAAACCCAUUGGACGACCGAAAAAUAAAUUAAAGCAACGAUUGUUGUCUGUAACCAGUGAUGAAGUAUCCAUGAGUGCAUUCACAGGAAGGGGGUCACCUGGUAGGGGUCAAAAGACUAAAGUCUGUACCACACCUUCAUCUGGUCAUGCUGCGUCUGGGAAGGACUCAAGCAGCAGAUUGGCUGUUACAGACCCCACCCGGCCUGGUGCCACCACCAAAACCACCACCUCCUCCACCUACAUUUCUGCCUCUACACUUAAAGUUAACAAGAAAACCAAAGGGCUCAUUGAUGGCCUUACUAAGUUUUUUACACCAUCACCUGAUGGUCGCAGAUCCCGAGGUGAAAUAAUAGACUUUUCAAAGCACUAUCGUCCAAGGAAAAAGGUCUCUCAGAAACAGUCAUGCACUUCUCAUGUGUUGGCUACAGGUACCACACAAAAGCUAAAACCUGCACCUUCUGCACUUCCGCCCCCUACCCCCAUCUCUGGUCAGAGCCCCAGUUCACAAAAGUCCAGCUCUUCCACCUCUUCUACCUCUACCCAGAGCUCUUCCAGCCAGUCCAGUGAGCCCUCCUUUAGCAGUCUUACUAACAACAGCCAGCUGAAGGCUCUCUUUGAUGGACUUUCUCAUAUCUAUACCACUCAGGGACAGUCUCGAAAAAAGGGACACCCAAGCUAUGCACCACCCAAACGCAUGCGUCGUAAAACUGAAUUCUCUUCCACGGCAAAGGCUAAAGCCCGUUUCUUUGGAAAACGAGAUUUUAGGAGCAGGUUUCUCUCUCGCUCCUCCUGUAGCUGGGGGAUGACUAGAGGACAUAUUUUUAAAGCCAUUGCUCACUUCAAGCGAACAACUUUUCUUAAAAAGCACAGGAUGCUAGGCAGAUUAAAAUAUAAAGUGACCCCUCAGAUGGGGACCCCGUCACCAGGGAAGGGGAGCUUGGCAGACGGAAGGAUUAACCCUGAUCAGGAUAAUGAUACUGAUAUUAAAAUAAGCAUCAAACAAGAAAGUGCAGAUGUAAGUCUGGUGGGAAACAAGGAGCUCGUGACUGAGGAGGACCUGGACGUUUUUAAGCAGGCCCAGGAACUGUCGUGGGAGAAAAUAGAGUGUGAAAGUGGAGUGGAAGACUGUGGUCACUACCCCUCAGUAAUAGAGUUCGGGAAAUACGAGAUCCAAACCUGGUACUCCUCGCCUUACCCACAGGAAUAUGCAAGAUUACCAAAGCUUUACCUGUGUGAAUUCUGUCUUAAAUAUAUGAAGAGUAAAAAUAUUUUGCUAAGACACUCAAAGAAGUGUGGAUGGUUUCAUCCUCCAGCAAAUGAGAUUUACCGAAGGAAAGACCUUUCAGUAUUCGAGGUUGAUGGGAAUAUGAGUAAAAUUUAUUGCCAAAACCUUUGCUUGUUAGCCAAGCUCUUCCUGGACCACAAAACAUUGUAUUAUGAUGUUGAGCCAUUCCUUUUUUAUGUCCUUACAAAAAAUGAUGAAAAAGGCUGUCAUNUGGUUGGAUACUUCUCCAAGGAAAAGCUCUGCCAGCAGAAGUAUAAUGUGUCCUGCAUAAUGAUCAUGCCCCAGCACCAAAGGCAAGGAUUUGGACGCUUUCUCAUUGAUUUCAGCUAUUUGCUUUCUCGAAGAGAAGGCCAAGCAGGGUCUCCCGAAAAGCCACUCUCUGACCUGGGCCGGCUCUCCUACCUGGCCUACUGGAAAAGUGUCAUCUUGGAAUACCUCUACCACCACCACGAGAGGCACAUCAGCAUCAAGGCCAUUAGCAGAGCCACAGGCAUGUGCCCACAUGACAUCGCCACCACUCUGCAGCACCUCCACAUGAUUGACAGGAGAGAUGGCAGGUUUGUCAUCAUUAGAAGGGAAAAGUUGAUAUUGNGCCACAUGGAAAAGCUGAAGAACUGUACCCGACCCAAUGAACUUGAUCCGGAGAGUCUAAGAUGGACCCCAAUUUUAAUUUCUAAUGCUGUGGUUUCUGAGGAAGAGCGAGAAGCUGAGAAGGAGGCUGAACGACUAAUGGAACAAGCCAGCUGCUGGGAGAAGGAAGAGCAAGAGAUCCUGUCGUCCAGAGUUAGCAGUAGGCAAUCGUCUGCAAAAGUACAAUCAAAGAAUAAAUACCUGCACUCCCCAGAGAGGCGGCCAGUGGCCGGGGAGCGAGGACAGUUGUUAGAGCUGUCCAAAGAGAGCAGUGAGGAAGAGGAGGAGGAGGAAGAUGACGAGGAAGAGGAGGAAGAGGAGGAAGAGGAGGAGAGCAUUCAGACAUCUCCCCCUCGGUUGACUAAGCCACAGUCAGUUUCCAUUAAAAGAAAGAGGCCUUUUGUAGUAAAGAAGAAAAGGGGUCGUAAACGCAGGAGGAUCAACAGCAGUGUAACCACCGAGACCAUUUCCGAGACGACAGAAGUGCUGAAUGAGCCCUUUGACAACUCGGAUGAGGAGAGACCAAUGCCGCAGCUGGAGCCUCCCUGUGAGAUCCCAGUGGAGGAGGGCGGCAGGAAGCCAGUUCUGAGAAAAGCAUUCCAACAUCAGCCAGGGAGGAAAAGGCAGACGGAGGAAGAGGAAGGGGAAGACAAUCAUUUCGUCAAGAGCGCUGCCCUCUGUAGAAAAGAUGUAGAUGAUGAUGCAGAACACUUGAAAGAAGGCAGCAAAGACAAUCCUGAGCCUCUAAAGUGCAGACAAGUGUGGCCAAAAGGAGCAAAGCGAGGGCUCUCCAAGUGGAAGCAAAGCAAGGAGAGGAAGACGGGGUUCAAGCUGAAUCUGUACACCCCACCAGAGACACCCAUGGAGCCAGAGGACCAGGUGACGAUCGAAGAGCAGAAGGAGCUUUCAGAGGACAAGGGCAGCCCCAUGGGGAUGGAACGGGAGGUGACAGAGACCGUGGAUGCCUUGCUGCCUCAGGAGGGGAACAGAAGGGAAGAGACAGGCAUACCCGUGAGUCCACAUAAAUCACCAGGUGAAAAGGUAGAUGAGGAGGACCUCAUCAGAGGUGAGGAGGAGGGAGAGGAGGAGGGAGAACGAGAAGAACAGGAAGAGGAAGAGGAAGAAGAAGUAACUGCAGAAAAAGACCAAGAUGGUGCUAAAAGUAAUGAAAACACAGAACCUGAGAUCUCCAUGGAAAAGGAAGACCCUGUGCAUUUGGAUGACCAUGAAGAGGAUGAGGAUGAGGAAGAAGAGCCAUCUCACAAUGAAGACCAUGAUGCAGAUGAUGAAGAUGAUGGCCACAUGGAGGCUGCCAACAUGGAGAGGGGAGACCUCCCAAGAGAAACCUUCAAAGACACACUAGAGGGCCAGGAGGCUUUUUUAGACCUGAGCAUUCAGCCAAGUCACUCGAACCCUGAAGUCUUGAUGAACUGCGGUGUUGAUCUCGCAGUGUCGUGUAACAGUGAGCCAAAGGAGCUUGCUGGGGACACUGGAACUGCACCUGAGUCUGACGCGGAGCCCCCAGAAGAACAGACACAGAAGCAGGACCAAAAGAACAGUGAUGGUAUGGAUGCUGAUCUCAAAGAGGGAGGCCCAGCCGCUGUGGAAAUUGACUCCGAGACUGCCCAGGCUGUUCAGUCUUUGACCCAAGAAAACAGGGAACACGAUGACACCUUUCCAGAUUGUGCUGAGACUCAAGAGGCCUGUAGAAGCCUGCAGAACUAUACACACACAGACCAAAGUCCUCAAAUUGCCACCACGCUGGACGAGUGCCAACAGUCAGACCACAGUAGCCCAGUUUCAUCUGUCCAUUCCCAUCCUGGCCAGUCAGUUCGUUCUGUCAAUAGCCCCAGUGUCCCGCUAGAGAAUAGCUUUAUCCAAAUUAGCCCUGAUCAGACUGCCAUCACAGUGCCACCUCUGCAGAACAUGGAGACCAGUCCAAUGAUGGACGUCCCGUCAGUGUCAGAUCACUCACAGCAGGUCAUUGACAGCAGGUUCAGUGACCUGGGCAGUAUUGAGAGCACAACAGAGAACUAUGAGAACCCAAGCAGCUAUGACUCAACCAUGGGAGGCAGCAUCUGUGGAAAUAGCUCUUCCCAGAAUAGUUGCUCCUAUAGCAGUCUCACCUCUAGCAAUCUGACACAGAACAGCUGUGCUGUCACCCAGCAGAUGUCCAACAUCAGUGGGAGCUGCAGCAUGCUGCAGCAGACCAGCAUCAGCUCCCCUCCAACCUGCAGCGUCAAGUCUCCCCAAGGCUGUGUGGUGGAGAGGCCUCCCAGUAGCAGCCAGCAGCUAGCUCAGUGCAGCAUGGCCGCCAAUUUCACCCCACCCAUGNAGCUGGCUGACAUCCCCGAGACCAGCAAUGCCAACAUUGGCUUAUAUGAGCGAAUGGGUCAAAGUGAUUUUGGGGCUGGGCACUACCCACAGCCAUCUGCCACCUUCAGCCUUGCCAAACUGCAGCAGUUAACUAAUACACUUAUUGAUCAUUCAUUGCCUUACAGCCAUUCCGCUGCUGUGACCUCCUAUGCAAACAGUGCCUCUUUGUCCACACCAUUAAGUAACACAGGGCUUGUUCAGCUUUCACAGUCUCCACACUCCGUCCCUGGAGGGCCCCAAGCACAAGCUACUAUGACCCCACCCCCUAACCUGACUCCUCCUCCCAUGAAUCUGCCACCAUCUCUCCUGCAGCAGAACAAGGCAGCAUCGAAUAUUGGCAUCUCCCACAGCCAAAGACUGCAAACUCAGAUUGCCAGCAAGGGCCACGUCUCCAUGAGAACCAAGGCGGCAUCUCUGUCACCAGCUGCCGCCACCCAUCAGUCACAAAUCGAUGGGCGUUCCCAAACUGUAGCCAUGCAGGGUCCUGCACGGACUUUAACGAUGCAAAGAGGCAUGAACAUGAGUGUGAACUUGAUGCCAGCGCCAGCCUACAAUGUCAACUCGGUGAACAUGAACAUGAACACUCUGAAUGCCAUGAAUGGGUAUAGCAUGUCCCAGCCGAUGAUGAACAGUGGUUACCACAGCAACCACGGCUACAUGAAUCAAACCCCCCAGUACCCUAUGCAGAUGCAGAUGGGCAUGAUGGGAAGCCAGCCAUACGCCCAGCAGCCAAUGCAGACCCCACCCCACGCUAACAUGAUGUACACGGCCCCCGGACACCACGGCUACAUGAACACGGGCAUGUCCAAACAGUCUCUCAAUGGGUCCUACAUGAGAAGGUAGACAGCCUGGCAGCCCACCCAGCCCACUGGGCCCCACUAUUGGAUUGAUCUGCACAAAUACCUUUGAAGAGUACGAUUUCAAAACCAGCAUUGGUGUGAAUGCAAAAACAUUUGUUGGCACCAUUUAUUUAAAAAAAAAAAAAAAAGCUGUAUG